UCCAGCCCAAGGCUCUCUAUGAAGACGAGGAAAAACUCCCCCAGAGGCCAGACUGAUGAGGAAGAAACCUCGGGAAAGGCAAUUCAAAGAGAGAUCCCCCUUUGCAGGGACGGCCGGUGGGAUCACACACUGAAAAAAAAAGUGUCCACCAGUUACACUUUAUUUCUGCUGUGCAACCAACUUGGAAGUUCUGGGUCAACCUGUGUUAUCCAUGCAUGUGGAAAUGUAAAGAAUAUGAUCUUCUUCAUAUUCAAGAAGAUCUGAACUUCUAAAACAUUACAAACUUGAUCAUCUCAGAGCACCAUGGCAGACAUGGCACCUGUUUGAUUGCUGAUCGUUUUAAGUGAAGACAACAGUGUGGAGCUGCACAAAGGGAUUCCAAACUCAUUGGAAGAGCUUAUUGAUGAGGUUAAGAAUGCAUGUGGAUUAGAGGGACACAUAAGGCUGCAGUAUAAGGACACCGAUUUUGGAAACAUAUUUGUGAAUCUGACCUCUACAUCUGUGAUUAGGGAUCUUACAAUUCUCAAAGUUGUUCAGUUAGACCCUGAUACCACAACUGUAAGUGGCCUGGACAGUGAUGACUCCUCCGUUUCUGCACAUACAGAUGACACAGUGUUGCUUAGCAGCCCCUCACCAGACUCACUAAGGACACAGCAGUGGCCACAAGUGUUCCAAAUCCCAAACUUCUCCUAUGACACAAAAUGCCAACUGCACAAAUGUGGAGUACAUGAAAAGCCAAAAAAAACUGACUCCUAGUUCAAAAAUGUUGUCAGAUAUAUUGGAGAAAUUAGCUGAAAGUGUGUAUGCAUACACAUGUCUGUGUAGAUUCUCAGUCAUCCAGGUCAUAGUAGUCUCUGGAGCUUGAAAAAUAUGGUGUGUAUGGUGUGUAUGCAUACACACCAGGAUAUGGUGUGUAUGCAUACACACCAUAUCCUGAAGAUGGUCACUACAGCGAUGUUGCUGAGGCACUCACAAGAAAGCACCCCUUGCCUUAGAGAGCCAGGAUCUUUCAGUCAGAGCUAUGGGUGGAAACAGAGGCUCAAGAUAAAAAUGGCCAACUACCGGACCCAACUCAAGGCACAUGGCACGUCUGCUGAGCUCACAGUGAAUUCUUUAAAAGCAAAAAUUCCAGGGGAUGCCUUUCCGGCAUAGAAUGUGAAGAGUCCUAGACGAGCUGAGGUCAACCAUUUUCCAUCUUUUCCAAUUGGUGAGACUAUAGAAAGCUUGGAACAAGAGAGGAUUUCCCUUUUGGCAGAAAUGCAGAAAAGAAACAACCAGCAAACAGUAAAAGCAAAGAUGGCAAAGACAUUUGGAUACCGAAGACAGGAAAUCGUACAGAAGCAGCCAACCGCUGAAGAAAUUUUGGUGAGAUGGCCAGCACUUCUCCUAAUGGAAGAGAUCAAUGCUGAGUUCCUGCGAAUUACAACAGUUCCUUUGGAGGCUACGUUUUUGGCACAAUUAGACAAGCACUCCACCAAACUGCUGGAGGUCAUUAGGAGGAAGGGGGGACGUGUGAAAGAGCAGACCUCCAGGAUCUUACAAGUUGUAGAUGAGACUGUUGACAUCACCAUCAAAAGAGAAGCUGUCCUUAAAGCUCUGAUGAUCUACCUGGGUGAGCCUGUUGAGCAUCUUUUUAAAGAGUACCAGGAUGAGCAGGAGGAUGACCAACUGCAGCUGGAAACCAUGGCGAUCUUUGUCACUGGGAGAGAGGAUCCUUUCUGUCCACCCAAAGACAUCAAGACAAUCAUCGAUGGGACACAGGUCCUGGAUGAUGUGCCUUCUGUUGCAACAGCUGUUGCCAUGUUCUUUGGGCUCAUAUAUGCACUCAACCUAAAAUAUCCCAAAAAUCUGCAGUACACUCUCGAAUUCUUUCAAAAAAUCCUGAUGGAGCUUGGUGGAAAAAAUAUGUCCUCAAAGGUUUAUAGGCUGAGUACCCAACUUCACAGCUGUUAAAUUUGACUCAGUCACUUGAUUUUACUUUUCCAUUGGUUCUUCUACAGUACAUUCAAGAUUGCACGAUGACCUGAGUUUAGAGACAUCGUCACUGUGCUGAAAAACUGAAGAGCAAUUGGAUUUGCAGUGUUUGUUUUUCAGACCAUGAAAGGGGCUGGACCUUCCCCACCCAUAUGUUUGAAAGUUAUGGAACUGAU